AUGAAAAUGAAUAAACACCAUAUGUUUAACUUUAUAACUACAUUCAUGACUCUGUCUUCCGUUGCGUGCACUGUUCAACCGCCGGCUGUUAACCCUGGUUUGUUUACUGUACCCAAGAGUAUCGGAGCAUGUCAUUCGUGUAAAAUAUUCAUCGAAUCAUUCACGAAAGGCUUAGAAAGGACGGCAAGAGGGAAAUACGAAGGUGGUGAUGCUGCAUGGGAAGAAGAGAAGCUAAAAAAGUCGUACAAACGGAGUGAAAUGCGCUUAGUAGAUAUACAAGAAGGAAUUUGUAAAGAGGAGACAAAGUACUCAGUUCAAUGUCACCUCAUGGCGGAAAAGGCGGAAGAGUAUAUAGAGGAAUGGUGGAGUCAAAAUGCUGAUGAAUCGACCGAUUUGUAUUCAUAUAUCUGUAUUGAUAAAUUGGAAGUGUGUUGUCCGAAACAUCACUAUGGAAAAGAUUGUUUACCUUGUGCCGGAAACCAUGAGAACUUGUGUAAUGGCAAUGGGAAAUGUAGGGGCGAUGGUACAAGAAAGGGCAACGGCACAUGCCUCUGUGAUGAAGGGUAUAUUGGUGAAGAGUGUGAUCAAUGUGCUAUAAAUUACCACAUAUCAUAUAAAGAUGAUAAUAAAAUGCUCUGUUCCAAGUGCCAUAUGUCUUGUGCAGGAGGAUGUAAGGGUGGGACACAGAGAGACUGUGCUUCAUGUAAACCUGGCUUUGUUUUUAGCGUCGAAGAUGGUUGUGCCGAUAUUAAUGAAUGUGACGAAGCUAACAAAUGCAAGGAUAAUGAGUUCUGCUUAAACUCGCUCGGUUCAUAUGCUUGUAUGAAGUGUGAUAAAUCAUGCAAAGAAUGUUACGGAGAUGGGCCAGACAUGUGCAAGAGAUGUGCCAAAGGAUAUUCAAAGAAAGGAGAAUUCUGUGUCUCAGAUAAAGGCGAGGACACAAACGAAACUUUGACUUCCACCAGGUUCAUGACAUACAUAGGUCUGCUGAUAGCGACAGGUAUCCUUCUUCCAAAGUCAGCGACUCUAGGCAGUAUGGUUGGCUUUGCGGUGCUCUCAUACAUUAUGGGUGCGGAGUACUACUGCAUGAUAAACGGACACACAGGGCUCGUGAAUCUUACAAAUUAUGAUUUGUUUCAAAUGUUUCGUAUAUAA